UCGCAGCGUCUGUGCCCUCCCCGCCCCAGGACGAAUCCUCCUACAUCUUCGUGGGGGUGACCCAGGAGGCCGAGCGCGAGGAGUUUUUCGACGAGUCCCGGCGGCUCUGCGACCUGCGGCUCUUCCAGCCCAUCCUCAAGGUCAUCGAGCCGGUCGGGAACCGGGAAGAGAAAAUCCUCAACCGGGAGAUCGGCUUCGCCAUUGGGAUGCCCAUCUGCGAGUUCGAGCUGGUGAAGGACCCCGAGGUGCAGGACUUCCGCCGCUCCAUCCUGGCCGUGUGCCGUGAGGCCAUGGAGAUGCGGGAGGCUGGCGGGCCCCACAGCCAGGCCCUCUACGUCUACCCCCCGAACGUGGAGUCCAGCCCCGAGCUGCCCAAACACGUCUACAACAAGCUGGACAAGGGCCGGCUGAUGGUGGCCGUGUGGGUGAUCGUGGCCCCACACCUGGACAAGCAGAAGUACACGCUGCAGGCGCCGCACGACGCGCUGCCCGCGCAGCUCAUCGCCGACGCCAUCCGCAAGCGGAGCCGGAGCCUGCACCUGGCGCCCGCGCAGCUCCAGCGCUGCCUGCAGGAGUACCGGGGCCAGUACCUGCUCAAGGUGUGCGGCGCCGACGAGUACCUGCUGCACGAGUGCCCGCUCAGCCAGUACAAGUACAUGAGGAACUGCAUCGCCGUGGGGCGCCUGCCCCACCUCAUGCUCAUGUCCAAGGAGAGUCUGUACAGCCAGCUGCCGGCCAACGUCUUCCUGCUGCCCUCCUACGCCCGCCGGGCCGGGCCCUGCGCCCGCGCCAACGGGGACCCGCCCGCCAAGUCCCUCUGGUCCGUGCCCAGCGUGCUGCGCAUCCGCGUGCUGUGUGCCACCUACGUCAACGUCAACAUCCGCGACAUCGACAAGAUCUACGUGCGGACGGGGAUUUACCACGGUGGGGAGCCCCUCUGCGACAACGUCAACACCCAGCGCGUUCCCUGCUCCAACCCCAGGUGGAAUGAAUGGCUCUCCUACGACAUGUACCUCGCAGACCUGCCCCGCGCCGCCCGCCUCUGCCUCUCCAUCUGCUCCGUCAAGGGCCGCAAGGGGACCAAAGAGGAGCACUGCCCCCUGGCGUGGGGGAACGUCAAUCUCUUUGAUUACAAAGAUACCUUGGUGGCUGGGAAGAUGGCGCUCAACCUGUGGCCAGUGCCCCACGGCCUGGAGGACUUACUGAACCCCAUUGGUGUGGGGGGCUCGAACCCCAACAAGGAGACCCCCUGCCUGGAGCUUGAAUUCACCUGGUUCAGCCACGCGGUGAAAUUCGCCGACGAGGCACAAAUUGAGGAUCACGCGAACCGGAGCAUGUCACGGGAGCUGGGCCUCAACUGCUGCCUCACGGGGCUG